CACCCGGCCCGUUUCUACGGAUCCCGCGUGGGCGACGGCCCUCGGAGGCCGGGAGUGCGCGCUGGAUUCCACGCUCCACGGCUGGGAGCCUUGCUCUGGCUGCGUGUCUGCGCGGAGCACCGGCUUCCUCGUGAUCUAGACCACUGUGGGACCAGGAGGGGGGCCAUGUUUUCCGAGCAAGCUGCCCAGAGGGCCCACACUCUGCUGUCCCCACCAUCUGGCAACAACUCCACAUUUGCACGUGUGCCUGUGACUGCCUACACCAACUCCUCACAGCCCUUCAGGCUGGGGGAGCGCAACUUCAGCCGGCAGUAUGCCCACAUUUAUGCCACCCGCCUGGUCCACAUGAGGCCCUUCCUGGUGAGCCGGGCCCAGCAGCACUGGGGUAGUGGAGUCGAAGUAAAGAAGCUGUGCGAGCUGCAGCCUGGGGAGAAGUGCUGUGUGGUGGGGACUCUGUUCAAGGCAAUGCAGCUCCAGCCCUCCAUCCUGCGAGAAGUCAGUGAGGAGCACAACCUGCUGCCCCAGCCUCCUCGGAGCAAAUACACCCACCCCAAUGACGAGCUGAUCUUGGAAGAUGAGUUGCAGCGCAUCAAACUGGAAGGCACCAUCGAUGUAUCCAAGUUAGUUACAGGGACUGUCCUAGCUGUGUUUGGCGCUGUGAGAGAUGACGGGAAGUUUCUGGUGGAGGACCACUGCUUCGCAGACCUUGCUCCCCAGAAGCCCAUGGCCCCAUUCGACACGGACAGGUUCGUGCUGCUGGUGUCCGGUCUGGGUCUAGGUGGAGGCGGGGGCGAGAGCCUGCUGGGCACCCAGCUGCUGGUGGACGUGGUGACGGGACAGCUCGGGGACGAGGGGGAGCAGUGCAGUGCUGCCCACAUCUCCCGGGUCAUCCUCGCCGGGAACCUCCUCAGCCAGAGCACCCAGAGCAGGGAUUCCAUCAAUAAGGCCAAGUACCUGACCAAGAAGACCCAGGCAGCCAGCGUGGAGGCCGUCAAGAUGCUGGAUGAGAUCCUCCUGCAGCUGAGUGCCUCAGUGCCCGUGGACGUGAUGCCGGGCGAAUUUGAUCCAACCAACUACACGCUGCCCCAGCAGCCCUUGCAUCCGUGCAUGUUCCCGCUGGCCACUGCCUAUGCCACACUCCAGCUGGUCACAAACCCCUACCAGGCCACCAUCGAUGGUGUCAGAUUCCUGGGGACGUCGGGGCAGAACGUGAGUGAUGUUUUCCGGUACAGCAGUAUGGAAGACCAUUUGGAGAUCCUGGAGUGGACCCUGCGAGCCCGUCACCUCAGCCCCACAGCCCCUGAUACCCUCGGUUGCUAUCCAUUCUACAGAACAGACCCGUUCAUCUUCUCUGAGUGUCCGCACGUCUAUUUCUGUGGCAACGCCCCCAAAUUUGGCUCCAGGGUUAUCCAAGGCCCCGAGGACCAGACUGUGCUGCUAGUGGCGGUGCCUGACUUCAGUGCCACACAGACCGCUUGCCUCGUGAGCCUGCACGACCUGACCUGCCAGCCCAUCAGCUUCUCGGGCUUCGGGGCAGAGGAUGACGAGGACCUGGGGGGCCUGGGCCUGGGCUCCUGACUGCAGAGGUGGCCAGGGACAGGGGAUGGGCUGCGCCUGGGUGGGGAGGCUGGAGAAGGGGACCUUCCUUCACUGCAUGGUCGGCAUCCAGUGGCAUUUGUUUUGUUAAUAAAGCCUGAACAUUUG